AUGACAUAUGACAUUAAAUGACAAAUGGCAACUUUUCAAAAGUGAUAAAAUUGUGCACUUUAGUGAUUUAUAAACUAAUAAAAUAAAAUGAUUUCCGAAAAUUAUUUGAAAAGGGUGAAUCUCACUGCAGAUGUAUACGCUGUUUGUGUUCAACAUGCUUUAACUACCGAAAAACAAGAGAUCAUGGGACUUCUUAUUGGCGAAGUUGACGAGAAAGAGCGCGUUUCAAAUAUAUCCGCAUGCGUUAUAUUACAUAGAAGUGAUAAACAACCUGAUAGAGUUGAAAUAUCACCUGAACAACUUUGUACUGCAUCUAUGCAUGCUGAACAACUUGCUAAAAAACUUAAUAAACCCAUGAGAGUAUUAGGAUGGUAUCAUUCACAUCCACACAUCACUGUUUGGCCCAGUCACGUAGACAUAAGGACUCAGUCAGUGUAUCAAACAAUGGAUCCUUUAUUUGUGGGAUUAAUUUUUUCAGUAUUUCAAUAUGAUACAAGAAAUCACAAAAAUCAAAUUCAAGUAACCUGUUUUCAAGCCUACCAAAAUGGAUCAGAAUUAGAGAGGAGAGAAAUUGCCUUAACUGUAAAGGCUUCUUCAUUUCAAAAUUAUAAUUUAGAAGGAAUUGCCAACCUUACCAAAAUCCUUAUUCAAGAAGAGAUAGACAGUCAUGAAACACAAGAUAAUGAUAUCCAAGAUGAGUUAACAUGUUUACAUAAUGAUGCUUUUAAAACUUUAGCAUUAGUCCACAUUGUUUCUAAGGUAGCACGGCCACUCUGUGACGAUUUGGAAGAAAGAAAAAGAAGUGUCAACCAAAGAAUAAAAGAGUUAGAACAUCUUAAAACGGAACUGAGUAAAGAUUAAGAGAU